AUGGUCUCUAAUCCCCACACUGCUUAUUUUGCUGAUGCUUAUGCUCUCUAUGAGAAGUGGGGUCUUGGUCCUAUUGUCGGCUUCAACAAGGACUUUGACAGCGAGGUCGUGGCCCAAUUUUAUGCCACUAUUCACUUCCAUGACUGUGAGGAAAGACGCUUGACCUGGAUGACUUAUGGCCGUGUGUUGCAUUCUGAUUGGGCGAUGUUUAUGACUUCUAUGGGCAUUGCUCACAAGGGUCUGGAUGAGCCUACUGGCCUGAGGCCUCACAGUGAGGGUAUUCCUGCUAUUCAUAAGUCCAAGCUCAUUCGUUAUUCGUGGAUUUUGAAGACUGCCAAGCGGGGCCGUACCGAGAUUAUGCCUUUCCUGGACAUCAUGCACAUGAUCUUUCGCAACUCAUUGUUUCCUCAUGUUGGGAACAAGGACCAGGUUCUGCGAUGGAAAUCCGGAGUAGGUUCUGCUCUUUUUUCAGGUUGUUCUGAGGAGCGAUGCUGCCAGUGCAUCGCGUGUGAGUCGGCUCCUGGUGUAAGGAGGAUACGUACUAUCCAGCAUGUUGAAGCUCUGGAGGUUCUUCUCCAGGGCCUCUCUGGUGUCCCAAAGGAACGUGUGAGGGUGCAUGAGCUCUGUCUUAAAAGUGUGCCAAUGCUAGGAGCUGUCCCAUCAGAGGUUCGUUUGUUGUGUGACUUAGCUCAGCCUACACCAUCCUGGACCAUAAGACAUGUUGGUGGCGCCAUGAGAGGUGCCGGUGCAGAGCAAAUAUCAAUUCUUGUGCGUACAAUCGUCGAAAGCAAAGCCAGCAGCACUGUGUUGCGUUACUUCUAUGGCAUCGGCUACAAGUUAGAUCAUGAAAUUUUGAAGGUUGGCUUUGCGUUUCGCUUCCAGCGAGGUGCACAGUUCACCAUGACUGUGAUUUCUGCCAACAAGAUGCCAAAGCUCCAUGCGACCGAUGAAGCUGUGCAGGUCACUCCUGGAUCGCGUGUGAGUCGGCUCCUGGUGAAAGGUUCAAUUUCUCAGUUUUUUUAUUUUGUCGUUCUCCUCCUGUUCUAUUUUUCGGUGGGUUUAGGGACGACAAGGAGCCAAGGGCAAUACGUGUUCCCGGCUGACUGGCGCUGGAUGUGAUUCUUGACAAACUGUAGAAGUGCAUGCUUUCACAUCCUGUUCAAUUUAUGUGAAGUGGAAUUAUGUUCAUGAUUUGAUGAGCUCGAUUAAUUUCUUCUACUACCAUUUGAUUCUGCAGGAGGAUACGUACGGAGCUUUUGCUGAGCCGAUGGAUUUGGAGGACAUAGGUGUAUUUGUUCUUGUUUCAGGCUCGUUGGAGAUGCUAAUAGUAAACAUGGGUAGUAUUGAGUGUUCGUUAGAGAUGCUAAUAGUAAACAUGGGUAGUAUUGAGUGUUGAUGAUUGCAAAGUUGUUUUGAUGGCCAGAGUUGCCGGACUACAAUGAUGCGAUUGAGCACCCAAUGGACUUCAACACCGUCAAGAGGAAGCAUGCCAGGAGUGCAUAUCACUUAAUAAUUUGAGCCGUUUGAAAUCAGACUUAAUAUUUUGUUGAAAUGAUGGUCAGCUUCAGGAUUACACGGUUGUCUGGCUUGCUGCAUUAUGGUUCUGAGCUAAAUUUUUUAGUAGUGAUUACACUUCCUAGCUAUGGUUAUGAAAAUAUGGUGUUUUCUCUAAUAUAAUUUGCAUGUUAACAUUAUGUGGUCGUAUUUGUAGGCUUGUGUCAAUUACUGUAUACUAUACCGGUUAUAGAACAAUUGGUAAAUACUAUUUUUUCAGGA